AUGGUCAAUGCGGCGACGACUUUCAAGAACUUCCAAUUCGACUUCGACCUUGGGGUGUCGUCUGGAUCAAGCAUUGGAGGGGGUGGAGGUCGGUUGGGAACGGCAGGCGGCAGCCUCAAGGACCAGAAGCUCGGUGGCGGUUUGGGUGGUGGAGGGCGACCAGGCGCGGGGGGCGGCUACGCGCAGGGCGCAACCUCGUGGUCCACAGGCGGAGGCGGAGGGGGAGCAGCGCGCGCGUCCCCCGCCUCCGCCAGCUCCUAUGCGCAGGGGCAGGCGCAGGGGCAGGCGCAGAGGCAAGGGGGAAGUGGGGGCGGGCCUAGCUGGGUGCCUCUGGGGCAGUCGGGGAUGGGGAGCGGGGGGAGCGGAUAUGGGGGGAUGGGGAUGGGGAUGGGGAUGGGAAUGGGGGGAAUGAAUGCGAAACCUCUUAACUCCUCGCUGUCGUCAUCUGGUGCGUCAGCAGCAGCAGCUGCCAGCAAGGCGGAUGACGUGUUCGCGAGCCUGUGGAGCAGCGCCACUGCCUCCGCGCGACCGGGGGCGUCGUCCACGUCAUCGUCCACGUCAGCGUACGGCGCGUCCACGUCAGCGUAUGGCGCGUCUAGGGACAGCGCGGGAGGGGCAUCUGGGGGAGGUAGAUUCGGGGGAAGCGGAGGCGGAGGGGGAGUUGGAGGGGGAGCGGGAGGGGGAGGCGGAGGGGGAGGUGGAGGGUUUGAUCCGUUUGGUAUGGGCGAUUUACGAAGCUCCGUUCCCAAAGCUAGUGUGUCAGGAACAGGCGGGGCAGGAGGCGGGUUCAGUGCCGGAUUAGGGUCAGGAUCAGGAGCAGGAUUCGGAAUGGGUGGUGGUGGGAUUGGCGGUGGUGGCGGGAGUGGUGGUGGGAUUGGUGGUGGCGGUGGGUUAGGUGGUGGUUUAGGCGGUCAACCCAUGAGGGGCAGCGUUGGAGGCCCUUCUAUGCGCGCCUCUGCCCCAUCUGCCGCCUCUGCCACUUCUGCUUCCUCUGCUGCAUCUGGCAAUCCCUCGCAGCCAUCUGCUGCUGCGUCAGGGUCAUUCGACCCGCUUGUAGACAUGCUUUUCAACCCCAAGCCCACUGCUGCUUCUGCUGGUUCUGGUACCUCUACUGCUGGUUCUGCUGGUGGUGGUGCCGGUGCCGGUUCUGCUGCUGGUGGUUUCGCAGCGGCCAACAGUGACAGCAGCAGCAGUUUCUUUGGAGCGAGCGCAGGUGGUGUUGAUUUCGGGAACCAAGACGCGGGCGACUGGGGAAGUUUCGGGGAUGCUUCUGCUUCCGCCUCGACAGAAACAACCGUAGAGCUAGAAGGUCUCGGGCCGCCGCCACCGGGAGUGUCUUAUAACGCUGCGCUCAAUAAGGGGACGGAGUUUUACAAAGGAGGGCAGUUUGCGGAUGCGAUCAAGUGGCUGGUGUGGGCGGAGCAGCUGGCGGAGAGAGGGGGGGAGGCUGGGGGGGAGGGGCUGGUGGCGGUGCUGAGUGCGAGAGCAUCGUGCUACAAGGAGGCUGGCGAGAUGAAAAAAGCUGUGGCAGAUUGCAGCAAGGUCCUUGAACUCGAGCCAGAGAACACGGCAGUGCUGAUGCAGAGGGCGUGUCUGUACGAGGCGAUGGAGAAGUACAAGCUGGGCGUGGCUGACCUGCGUUUGCUCUCCCGCCUCGACCCCUCCAACCGCGCUGUCGCAACGAGCCUUAACCGCCUCAAUAAGGCGCUUGCUGCUCUAGGGUGA